CGGCCCAACCUUACAGACUUGGCAGGAUGUAGCCCCCUUCUCCCUUCUCCCCUCUCCAAGAGAGAAAAGCGCGAGGAGACGCAAACCGUAUUUCCGUGUCCGAGCGUUGAAACCUGCGGAGUCGCGCGCGGGGCGCCCACACUCGUUCCCGGGGAGCCCCAGCCCGGUCGCCCGCCCCGGCCCCAGCUCCAGCCCGGGCCUCCCUUACUCUGGGGCUCCAUGGUCGGCUGCUCCCCGGCCUCCGCGGGCGAACCCCCGGGCUCCUAACGCCUCUCAGCCAGGGCCGGCGUCGCUACGGUUGCCCUGACAACUCGGAGGCGGAGUGGGCAGAACCAGAGGGACGGCGAGCGGGAGGUACCAAAAGCCGCAGGAAGUGAGGGAGCGCGUGAGGACCCGCGCGUCGCCGGGGACACUGAGCGAGGGUAGCGGCCAGGUCACCGGCUGAGGACACUGCCCCUGAAGCCCGGUCAGGCGGUCGCGCCCUCUCUGGCGGCCCCCGCGGCCCCGCAGGACCUGUGCCCCGACGUCGCCGACCCGCGGCCCCCGCCGUCGCCGACCCGCGGCGUCCGUCGGGCGAGUGGGCCUGCCCGCGGGUAAGGCGCCAGCCCUGGGCCGCCCUCUCGGGACUCGGGAGCCGCCGCUGCAGUGUGGUUUAUUGACAAUCAUUUACGAUGCCGAAGAGUGCCGUAGUGAGCCAGCACACUGAGUAACACAGCAACGGAGAACAGAUGCAGGUUUGAGGAAUUUAACUUGCUAAAACUUUGAACUGAAGUCUUAGAGAUUGGAACAUAUGGGUUUGUAUAAAUAGGCUUUUAAGCCCUGUUUGCAAUGGGUUACUGAUAGGAGAAACUUGCUUGCGGAAUGUCAGCUGCGUGAGCUCACUGUCAGACAAGAUGGAAGAAGAAGGGCUGGAGUGUCCAAACUCUUCCUCUGAAAAACGCUAUUUUCCUGAAUCCCUGGAUUCCAGCGAUGGGGAUGAGGAAGCGGUUUUGGCCUGUGAGGAUUUGGAACUUAACCCCUUUGAUGGAUUGCCAUAUUCAUCACGUUAUUAUAAACUUCUGAAAGAAAGAGAAGAUCUUCCUAUAUGGAAAGAAAAAUACUCCUUUAUGGAGAACCUGCUUCAAAAUCAAAUCGUGAUUGUUUCAGGAGAUGCUAAAUGUGGUAAGAGCUCUCAGGUUCCUCAGUGGUGUGCUGAAUAUUGUCUUUCCAUCCACUACCAGCACGGGGGUGUGAUAUGCACACAGGUCCACAAGCAGACUGUGGUCCAGCUCGCCCUGCGGGUGGCGGAUGAAAUGGAUGUUAACAUUGGUCAUGAGGUUGGCUACGUGAUCCCUUUCGAGAACUGCUGUACCAACGAAACAAUCCUGAGGUAUUGUACUGAUGAUAUGUUGCAAAGAGAAAUGAUGUCCAAUCCUUUUUUGGGUAGCUAUGGGGUCAUCAUCUUAGAUGAUAUUCAUGAAAGAAGCAUUGCAACUGAUGUGUUACUUGGACUUCUUAAAGAUGUUUUACUAGCAAGACCAGAAUUGAAGCUCAUAAUUAACUCCUCACCUCACCUGAUCAGCAAACUCAAUUCUUAUUAUGGAAACGUGCCUCUCAUAGAAGUGAAAAAUAAACACCCUGUGGAGGUUGUGUACCUUAGUGAGGCUCAAAAGGAUUCUUUUGAGUCUAUUUUACGCCUUAUCUUUGAAAUUCACCACUCGGGUGAGAAAGGUGACAUUGUAGUCUUUCUGGCCUGUGAACAAGAUAUUGAGAAAGUCUGUGAAAUUGUCUAUCAAGGAUAUAACCUAAACCCAGAUCUUGGAGAACUUGUGGUUGUUCCUUUGUAUCCAAAAGAGAAAUGUUCAUUGUUCAAGCCACUCGAUGAACCAGAAAAAAGAUGCCAAGUUUAUCAAAGAAGAGUGGUGUUAACUACUAGCUCUGGAGAGUUUUUGAUCUGGAGCAACUCAGUCAAAUUUGUUAUCGAUGUGGGUGUGGAAAGAAGAAAGGUGUACAACCCGAGAAUAAGAGCAAACUCGCUCGUCAUGCAGCCCAUCAGCCAGAGCCAGGCAGAGAUACGCAAGCAGAUUCUUGGCUCAUCUUCUUCAGGAAAAUUUUUCUGCCUGUACACUGAAGAAUUUGCCUCCAAAGACAUGACGCCACUUAAGCCAGCAGAAAUGCAGGAAGCCAACCUAACAAGCAUGGUGCUUUUUAUGAAGAGGAUAGACAUUGCGGGCCUAGGCCACUGUGACUUCAUGAACAGACCAGCACCAGAAAGUUUGAUGCAGGCAUUGGAAGACUUAGAUUAUCUGGCAGCACUGGAUAAUGAUGGAAAUCUUUCUGAAUUUGGAAUCAUCAUGUCAGAGUUUCCUCUUGAUCCACAACUCUCGAAGUCUAUCUUAGCGUCCUGUGAAUUUGACUGUGUAGAUGAAGUGCUAACAAUCGCGGCCAUGGUAACAGCUCCAAAUUGCUUUUCACAUGUGCCACAUGGAGCUGAAGAGGCUGCCUUGACUUGUUGGAAGACAUUUUUACAUCCCGAAGGAGAUCACUUUACCCUCAUCAGCAUUUACAAGGCCUACCAAGACACAACUCUGAAUUCUAGCAGUGAGUACUGUGUUGAAAAGUGGUGUCAUGAUUACUUCCUCAACUGUUCAGCACUCAGAAUGGCAGAUGUUAUUCGAGCUGAACUCUUAGAAAUUAUCAAGCGAAUCGAGCUUCCCUAUGCAGAACCUGCUUUUGGCUCCAAGGAAAACACUCUAAACAUAAAGAAAGCUCUUCUGUCCGGUUACUUUAUGCAGAUUGCUCGGGAUGUUGAUGGAUCAGGUAACUACUUAAUGCUGACACAUAAGCAGGUUGCUCAGCUGCAUCCCCUGUCUGGUUACUCAAUCACCAAGAAGAUGCCAGAGUGGGUCCUCUUCCAUAAAUUCAGCAUUUCUGAGAACAACUACAUCAGGAUUACCUCAGAAAUCUCUCCUGAACUAUUUAUGCAGCUGGUACCACAAUACUAUUUCAGUAAUCUGCCUCCUAGUGAAAGUAAGGAUAUUCUACAGCAAGUAAUGGAUCACCUAUCCCCUAUGUCAACAAUGAAUAAGGAACAGAAAAUGUGUGAGACGUGCCCUGAAACUGCUGAACAGAGAUGCACUCUCCAGUGACUCCCCAGCAAACACAAGGUGCAGUAGGGUCCCAAAGGUAGCUGGAUGGCUGAACUGCUGGAGAUGGGAGAUACGUGACACGAAGACGGAUUUCACACCCACAGGACAGUCUUGAAGAAAAUAACACUGUGUAUAUUAUUUUAAAAUAAAAAAUAGAAGUUUUUAUUGAGUUCUUUAAAUUACUACUCCACGCUUUUCUUCUUCUUGGAAAAGUUUUUAAAUCAACCACUCAUAAUUUGACCAAAAUUUUAAAAAACUGGUAUUUUGUAAAUGUGUCACAGACACAUGGGACAGAACCCUACUUUUUGUAGAGGAACUUAAUCUGAAUAAAGUCUGAGUUUUUCAGUAAA